CCGGGUGCUGAGUGGUCGUGAGACGCAUUGCUAAUGCGGUGUGGGGAUAGAGACGGGGCGCUGCACACACGGCUUUCGGAGCACGCAAGAGACGUGGCUGGCUGUCUGUGGAGCUGUCCAUUCCCCCGACGGUGCUGCCUGGGCAUUCACUCAAUACCAGGCAGAACACUUCACAAGGCGCACGGCGUUCGCGUCAGAAUGCCUGCUCUGAUCUGAGGCUCGGCUUCGCUUUUCCGUGGACGAAUUGCGGCAAUGAGCGGAUCUUGCAGCAUGGGCAGCUGAGUGAGUGAGAAAUCGGAGCCGGGUGUCUCUCGCGCGGUGAGACACCGCGAGGAUUCAAGUGGAAGAGGAUCACCAACUGCUCCCUGGCACACGGGCAGGGAAACUGCAUGCGCAAAAUAAUCACCACCCCAACUGCCACGGGAGCAAAUUAGCUCCAAAACGAAUUUCGCCAGACUCACACGCGCACCGCGUGUGAGUCUGCUGCCUGUCGUGGAGAAAUCUACGCAGCAGCAGCAGCAUCAAGAGAAGCGACGCCGCAACUGAUUUGUGGGAGUGCAGUGCUCGUCGCUUUAUGUUUUAUUUAUUCAAGAACAAGUGGUAGCUGAGAAGAUGGCUUCCCAUCGGAGGACAACUCUGUUUGAAGUAAUGGUAGCACAGCUGCUUAUGUGGCAGCUGUCAGCUCUCAAUAUUCCCCUUGACUACAAAUUGCUUGAAGAGUUCAAACAACCUCCAGCCAUCACGGCUCAGUCGCCAAAGAACUACAUUGUGGACCCCCGAGACAACAUUGAGAUUAAGUGUGAAGCUAAGGGCAACCCACCGCCAAGCUUCCACUGGACAAAGGACGGCGUCGAUUUCCACCCGGAGGCCGACGAACGCGUGCAGAUGCGCGGUGACUCGGGGACGCUCGUCGUGGAUGUGGUUGGGGGCGGCCGGGCCGAGCGCUACGAGGGGGAGUACCAGUGCCGAGCGAGCAACAGCGGCGGCACGGCGCUCUCCGACCGCAUCACCGUGCAGCUCUCGAGGUCUCCUCUGUGGCCGAAGGAGGUGAUCGACCCAGUGCAGGUGAAGGAGGGCUCGUCAGCUGUGCUGCCCUGCAACCCCCCACCUGGAAUCCCGCUACCCGUCAUCUUCUGGAUGGACCACGUCUUGCAGAGGCUAUCUCAGGACGAGCGCGUGUCCCAGGGCCUCAACGGGGACCUCUACUUCUCCAACGUGCGCGCAUCAGACGCGCGCGAUGACUACAUCUGCUAUGCUCGCUUCGUGUACACGCAGACCAUCCAGCAGAAGCAGCCCAUCAAGCUGACGGUGCAGCCAGUUGAUGCCAGUAAUGAUACAGAGUCUGCUAAUGCCAGUGAUGCUGACAUAAAUGGUGGGAGCCGCGUGGAUCUGUACCCUCCGCGCUUCCUCUCUCCCGUCGGUGCCUCCAGCACUAAGAUGGUGCUCAAAGGAGACGUCCUGAGCCUGGAGUGCAUCGCAGCCGGCCUGCCGACGCCACGCAUCCAGUGGUUCAAGUCUGGCGCGGAGAUGCCGUGGGAGCGCGCGAAGCUCCUCAACUUCAACAAGACGCUCAUUCUGGCAAACGUGACGGAGGGCGACGACGGCAACUACGUGUGUCUCGCUUCCAACCGGCUGGGAGUCCAGAGGCACACGACCACCGUCGCCAUCGAAGCCGCCCCCUACUGGCUCACGGGAGGCCCGGAGAGCCGCGUGGUUCAGCCGGGCGAACAGACGACCAUUAUGUGCCGCGCUACCGGCAACCCCAAGCCAUCGAUUCGCUGGCUCCUCAACGGAGGGCCCAUCGAAGAAGCUGGCAACGACCCGAACAGGAAGGUGGAUGGUGACACCAUCAUCCUGUCGAACCUGCCCGAGGGGACGAGCGCUGUGUACCAGUGCGAGGCCACCAACAAGCAUGGCUCCAUCCUCGGCAAUGCCUUCGUCAACGUGCUGGCUGUGCCACCCAGGAUCCUGUCACCAAUGAAUAAAGUAUAUUCUGCUGUGGUGAACCAGACGGUGCACAUUGAGUGCAAGGUGUUCGCCUCCCCACAGCCCACCUUCAUGUGGUUCAAGGACGCCCACGGAGGGAAGCUGGAAGGUCCGCGCUACCAGGACUCGGCGGCGAGCGACACGCUCGUCGUCCCGCGGGUGCAGAAGGGCGACGCGGGUGUCUACACGUGCCACGUGCAGAACUACCUCAACAAGAACCAGAGCCUGGCUCGGCUGCUCAUCAAGGACCCAACGCGGAUUGUGCAGCCCCCAUCGGAGCUACGCGCCCAGCGAUUUGGCGUUGCUACGUUUGAGUGCCAUGCCACCCACGACCCCAGCCUGAGCCUCAACAUCUCUUGGUUCCAUGACGGAUACCCGCUUCCAGAGAGCCCCAGACACGAGCUGGAAGGGAGUGGCCUGACCAUCGUGAACGUGACGGAGGAGGACGUUGGCCACUACAAGUGCAGAGCGUCCACGGAGUUAGACCACGCCGAGGCAGAGGCUCGACUCACCGUCAUAGACUCCCCAGACGCCACCCUAUUCUCUCCCGAGCUCAACGCGACGCUAGUUAGCUCUCCCUCUAUCCCCAGCCCCGUCGGCGGUGUGGCGGUAACGAUAGACCGCCCGGAUUCACCCAUGGACUUGGAGCUGACAAACCGGCAAGACCUGAGCGUGCGUCUCACCUGGAAUCCUGGCUCCGAGAACAAUGACCCCAUCAAAGAGUUCGUGGUGGAGUACGAGGAGGACUGGUUCGAGCCGGGCGUGUGGCACAGGCUCAGCUCGUUCCCAGGCUCCCGCAACUCGGUGCUGCUCGACUCGCUGUCGCCCUACGUCAGCUACCGCUUCCGCGUCGUCGCCGUCAACUCGGUGGGCCCGAGCGAGCCCAGCCUCCCGACGGAGCGCUGCCUCACCGUUUCCGCAAGUCCUCAAAUAAAUCCAUCGGGUGUGAAAGGGGAAGGAACCAAUCCCACGAACAUGAUCAUUUCCUGGACGCCCAUGCGAGGAGUGGACCAGAACGGCCCAGGCUUCGGCUACCGCGUGUCGUGGCGUCUCCAGUCGAGCGGCGACGCGGAGUGGACGACGGAGACGGUGCUUAACCGUUCCCACGUGGUUGUGUCGGGCACGCCAACCUUCUCGCCGUACGAGAUCCGUGUGCGGGCCGUCAACAACAUUGGCCUGGGACCCGAGCCCGACGUCGUUAUCGGAUAUUCUGGGGAGGACGUUCCUUUGGAGUCGCCCAAGAACGUGCGUGUUGAGGUGCUGAACAGCACCAUCAUCAAAGUGACCUGGGAGCCCGUGCCUCUGGAGUCAGUGCGCGGACAUAUCCUGGGCUACAGGGUGCACUACUGGCGCGUGCGGGCGCUGGGGGACCGCAGGCGACGCCGGUCAAACCGGGAGGUGCUGGAGUUCCAGCCGGUCCGCACGCACGGCGUGGUUCCAGGCCUGCGCCCCUACAGCCUCUAUCAGCUGGAAGUUUGCGUGUUCAACCGCAAGAGCGAUGGCCCGGCCAGCACCCGGCAGCAGUUCCACACGCCGGAGGGAGUGCCCAGCCAGCCUGAGAAUUUGCGCCUCUACAGACCAUCGCAGACUUCGCUCAAGAUCGAUUGGGAUCACCCGGAGCUUAUCAAUGGCCGGCUCACAGGCUACUCCAUACAGUACCAGACAAUCAACCACACGUAUGAGCUGGGCCCCCUGAAGAGCGUCGACAUCCCCACGGCGAACGCCUCCAGUUGGACUCUGCGAGACCUCCCUCCCAACGGCCGCUACAAGGUGUACGUGCGGGCACGUACACGCGCGGGUCUGGGCGCCGCCGCCUUCGAGGAGGCAACCACCGUCAUGGAACGCGCAGCCCAGAUUGUGUCGGUGGCCGGAGAGGAGUUUGCUAACGUGAGCUGGAUGCCGGCGGCGUUCCGUGCCGGCACGGUGUUUUAUAUCGAGUACAUGCUUAACAACAGUGUCGAGGGCUGGGAGAAGAGUCUGCGCACCCCUUCCGUUAACACGUCGCAGAGUUACAUUGUGGUGCAGGGCCUAGAGGCCGGCACGGCCUACAAAAUGCGCUUGGCGUCGGCGUUGCAGGCCAGCGUUAGCUUCAGCGAGGCCGUGGUCUUUGAGGCCCGAGCUGAACCCAGCCAGCAAGUAAACAUACCCACGCAGGGCUGGUUCAUCGGGCUCAUGUGCGCUAUUGUCCUGCUCGUGCUCAUCAUCCUCAUCAUCUGUUUCGUACGACGCAACCGGGGAGGGAAGUAUCCCGUUAAAGAGAAGGAGGAUGCUCAUCCUGAUCCCGAAGCGCAGCCGAUGAAGGAAGACACGUACAGGUCGCUGGGAAGUGAGGACGAGAAAGUUCCAGACGGCGGCGGCGGCAAGGGCGGGCGCCCAUCCCCAAACGGCUCGAUUCGCCGGGGCGGUAGCGCCGACAGCCUGGUGGAGUACGGAGACGGCGGCGAGGGACAAUUCAACGAGGACGGCUCCUUCAUCGGCCAGUACACCGACCGCAAGGAUCGCGCCGAGCCCGGCCCCGACGGCGAGGAGAGCUCCACCACCACCUCGCCCGUCAACCCGCUCAACCCCCUCAAUGGGCCCACAGCAGCUGCCCCAGCGACUCCCAACAACCACCUGGCCUAAGGCAGUGGCGGCACCCCCCCCCCACCACCACCACCCCGUUGUCUGUCCGGCUGUUGUUAGUUGGUGACUGUGACCCACCGCUUGCGAUGGUUUUGGCUAUUCGAGUGACGUCGCUCAUCACCGUCGCAUGGCUCAUGGCUCCAGGUUGAGGAGGCUUCGUAAUCCACCGUGGGUUUUUUGGGUUAAUGCGUGUGGCUUGCUCAAGGAGCAUCAGUAUUGUGACGACGACGAUGACGAUGAUGACGCUUUCUCAACCUGCAGCUCGUGCAGUUUAACGCGUGUCCCACAAAGUUGCAUCGUCACAGGUGGCCUGUGCAUUAUUAUUAUCGGUGAAGUCGCCUGGCUGUGUGUCACCUGAGACUGAAAAAUCCGAAGCGGAUUUUUGCCUGCCCCAACUAGAGCCCCGACCCAACUAGAGCCCCGACCCAGCACCGUUGUCGUCAGUGGCGUACAUUGAAACAAGCCUAGUUAACCGAGGUUGGGCUACGAUGAUUGUGGUCGGGUUGGGAUGCUUGUGCUAUGGCUGCUGGAGUCUUCACAAGAAGUGUCUCUCAGUGCUGAAAUUCGUCCCCCACUCGCAAUGAAGGGGUUUGGAAUAUUUAAUCUAAAGUCCCUCGGAGAUGAGGCCAUGUCCCCACACCCGCUCCCCACGAUUGGAAACGCUUGCCCAAAGGAACUAAUUUAGCACCAGAGGGUAAAUUUAGGGUAAUCAUGAAUAAUAAUUUCUAAUAGUAAUAAUUAAAGUAUCAUACCGUAUUUGAAAAAAAAGUUUUGCUGGCUGAGUUCUUGCGUCGCGCUGACGUAAGAUAUCCCACCCACCCUUAACCCUGGAUGUGUAUUCCACGGAAAUUUGUGGGCAGUGCUAAAUACAAAUAUUAACAGACUAUCCAAUAAAAUGUCACGCUUAAGGCAUUGGCAGAAAUUUCACAGUUCCAUGGAAAGCGCUACAGCUAUCAAAACUGGGGAAUGAGCUGAAGUCGUCGUCACCUUCAAAUGUCAUUACAUGUAAUCAUAUUACACGCCGACGUAAAUUACAGUCAUGCCUGAUGACAUAUACUCAUCUGAUUACAAGUGGAAAACUCUGAUUACGUCUUGCGGUGGUAACGAAUAGCGUCCCACUUGCACCCGUGCUUGCAUGCACCUGCGCGUGCGUGCGUGUGCACGUGCGCGUUCACUUUAGGUAAUAUUUUGGGGGCCCGUGAAGCUGUUUUGAAUGGACCUCUUGAUUGAGCUGCUGCUGCCUGUCACGAGAGAGCUAUGUGAGGUCUCGUUUGCGCGUGCGCUGUGUUGUGAGUGGUGGGAUGCCGGUGGAAGUCUCAACGGUUUGUGGCAGGCCGCUUAAAAAAGUUGCGAAAGCUCUUUCUAAUUAUUGUUACUUUUAUUUUUUUAUGGACUCGGCAGUCACUUGUAUUUGCGAUUAGAAUGUAUCAUUUGUACUGCUUCAUCUGCCUGGAUAGUUAAUGUUAUUAGCAAGUUUGCUACGUGUUAUGAUUCCACACUGGAAUUAUAUAUUUAACAAAAUAGCUUGCUUGCUUGUGGGAAUGAAAGGGAUGUUUUGUUUAUUAUAUAAAAUAACAUUAAUAUAAUACAUGUUAAAGAUGUUGAACAAAAAUUUUAAGAAAAAAUAUGUAUACUUACUGAUUAUAACAGUUUAGCAAUGAACUCAAUUCGUAAUUCAGAUGCAUUCCACAUAGCACAAUGUAGUACCGACAUUAUAUACAAAAGCAGCAACUCUUUUUCAAAAACUAGCAAAUAUAGGCUCUGUAAUUUUUACAAGAGGACGCAUCAUGCACAGACGUUUGUUAAACACCAAUAAUUGUCACAUUUUUUACAAUACAUUUAUAGAUCGCUGUCACAUAAGUUGAUUGGUUAAAUCAGCAUGCUUAUUUUAAUAGCAGCCCCGUGAAAUGAAGGUUAAAAAAAUCCCACCUUUUGAAUGCUACGUAACAAAAAUAUUUGGUUAUGGACCAUAUUGACACCUUUACGAUUGUGUUUUGUGCGAUUCACCCAUGUUUAAGUUGGUUUAGCCCAAGGUCUGCGUCUAUAUAUGCUCACGCAGAACAGUCUGACCAAUCGCACUUCACAAGUAAAUGCUCCAUCCCCUAUCGUUGCUGUGGUCUUGCAGUGCAACAGCAUUCAAUCAGCCGAGGAGAUAGUUAUGCGUUACGUAUAACACUUGUAACAAUGCCAAGACAAAGAUAAAUAAGCUAAAGAUUGCAAUGCAUUUAAUACCCCAAAUUGAAUUGCUGCGAGCAGAAUUCAAUACGCGUCCAUUUUUCAAAAGCGCCUAUAAAUUACAAAUUUAAAAAGAGGUUCCAGUUUUAUUAAAACAUAUAUUAUCUUUGACUUCUCAACAAUGUACAGCAUGCCAUUUUUUACUGACAAGGCAGCAUGUGGUUUCCAAUAGCUUUAUGAACCUAUCAACUUCAAUUAGGCAUUGCACAUCAUAUAAACCUCUGCACAGUGCAGGUACGGUCGUGUAGAUGUAUUGUGAAUAAAUAACAAGAGGCAUUAUUUCAUAAGUGCCACUGUGGCCAAGUUAGGUUCCCACGAGUCACAACGCCGUUAAUGAUAAUAAUUUAACAGUCUCACAGCAGUAAUAACACCGCGCGCAUUUACACGCGGCACAUUUAUCUCAAGAGUGCCAUUUCUUUCAGCGUUGUUUUCGGAAGAGGUGCAGAGAUGCAAUAGUAUGAACAUGUUUUUGUU